GUGGCAGUUUUUGUACACAUCGCUGAUGCCUCGCAACCGAAGGCGGCAAAAGCAAACUACGCAUUCGCUGUUCUUCUGGAUGCGGUUGCUGAUGUUGCGAUUGGUCAUCUGCCAACUUUUAGUACUUCCUUAGCAAAUACAGCAGUUUGGGUGAAUGAUAGUCGGUUUACAAUGGAUGCAGAUGGCUGGUUACACGCAAAUACUACAUUUCCGGAUGCAAUCUCAGGACAACAAACAGUGAUAUCCAUCCUGCGAGUUGGUACCAACGAUAUAGAUCAUUCGAUUGUCACAAUUAAAUUUAUUGAACCAGAUACUCGUCGGCCGCACUUUUCACGUGACAAGUAA